AUGGUGAACGCACAAGAACUUGAGGUGCAGAGACAAAGAUUUGGAUUGGAAGCUGAAACCGUCGCAAAAGGUAUUCAGCCGAAUGUUGUGAACAACCAACCUAGGGCAGUGGAUGAAAACAUAGCAGUAGAUGAAAUCAUUCCUCUCCACCGCCAACCAAUAGCUCCAAGGAGUAGACCACAACCUCCAGCUCACAUGAUGUAUGAAGAGGAUGACUUAGAUUUUGAUGGAGCUGGAGCUACUAGAGUGAUAGUGUUACCUGCACUACCUCCAGGUGUUAAAUUCAGAAUCACCAACACUAUGAUUCAACUGCUGAAUCUGAAAGGUAUGUUUAGAGGAACAGCGGGUGAUGAUGCUAACCAGCAUCUGAUGAAUUUUGUGGCUAUAUGCAAGUCGCAAGAAAUUCCUGGAGCAACAAAUUGGCUGAAUGAGAUGCCCAAUGACUCAAUUAGGACUUGGACCGAACUGAAGGAAGCUUUCGUGGAACGAUUCUUUCUAGAAUCAAAAGAGCUACAAAUGAAAGACGAGAUAAGUGCCCAUAAGCAGCUACCCAGAGAAGCAAUGUAUUACACCUGGUGGAGAUUCAGCCAAAAGCUGAAGAAUGUGUGGAGGAUUUUUAUAAGGAAGCCAUUCUCAGAGAGCAUGCAACUGAUGGAUGAGGUUUCAAAGAAUAAAAAGGCAUGGUACACCAGGGAUGCAGAAGUAGGAGAUCUUGGGUAUACUUAUGAACUUUCAGCUGAACAAAGGAAGAGAGAAGAAGAAAGGGAUCAGGACAUAGCACACAUGAGGACCCAAAUAGAUCUACUCACGAAGCAUAUUGUCUCCAAGUCUGAAAAAGUAAAUGUCGUGGGACAGUCAAACAUAUAUGAAGAUCAGGACAUCAAUCUAGAUGAAGAGGCUAAUUACCUGGGCAACCAAGGAGGUUUCCAAAAUUAUUACUCGGGCAACCAGGGUUACAAUUCUGGAAAUGCAGGUUGGAACUAUUCAAUGGAAGGACAGUAUGAAAGGCCAGCAAAUAGAGAGCAGGAAACUGGCAGAACAGAGAUGUGUACAGAAAUUAUUGAAGUGGUGUCUAUGUGCUCCCAGAGGAAGAAUGGGUCAUUACCAAGUGACACGAUCCAAAAUCCCAAGAAGGAUGGGCAUUUUGUGGCUAUCGCCACCAGGAGUGGUAAGGUUCUUACUGACCCUAUUUUUGCAGGUACUAAACAUGAGCAUGUGUUGGAGAAAGUUGGAAGAGAGGGGGAUGAAGCUGAACAAGUAGAUGACUUGGAGUAUGCUCAACCAAUAGCCAAACCGGCAGGAGCAAAAGAAAAAGAGGUUGAGGGAACCAUGCCUUUACAGCAGAUCCCAAGACCACAUCUUCCUUUCCCUCAAACGCUUAAAAAGAAAGCCGAAGAUGGGAAAUUUGUGAAGUUUAUCACCAUGUUGCGACAGCUGUCAGUAAACAUCCCACUGGUGGAAGCACUACAGCAAAUGUCGGGAUAUGCCAAGUUCAUGAAGGACUUGGUCACAAAGAAAAGAGCUGUAAGUAUUGAUUUAACUGACAAUGUUCAUCACUGCAGUGCUUUUGCUACCAGGUCUCUGGUACAGAAGAAGGAGGAUCUGGAUGCAUUCACCAUACCGUGA